AGUCUAGGUAGAUUUGCUAAAUUUGUCCAGGAAGGACCUCUAUACAUCACAUGCUCUUGAAGAAACAUGUCAGUGUUUAGUUAGCUAGUGUAUACUGAAGUAUUUGGUCAAGUAAACCUCAUAGCAUCUUCGCAGAACAAUGUCCUUAAAAUUCGGAGUGUUGCUUCAGAGGUUUCUAAACGCUACCAGGUGGUCGCAGCCUCUAAGGUUGUCUUCGAGAGGAAUACAUGUUCGUUUAACUAGAAAUCCGGUGUCUUUCACGAAACACAGAAGCAUUCCCUGGGUUUGCAGUCACUACAGAUUAUCCGACAGUACACGUACAGGACACAGCAGUUUCUCGCCCAGGACUCACGCCUGUGCGGAACUCCGCCCCAAAGAUGUUGGAGAGGAGGUGACCCUGUGUGGGUGGGUCCAGUAUCGUAGACAUGACUUGUUUGUCAUCCUGAGGGAUUUCAGUGGUCUGGUACAACUCCUUAUCCCACAAGAUGAGUCUUUAGUUCAUUUGAAGAGCUCCCUCUGUGGUUUGCCACUUGAGUCCGUAGUCAAGGUAACCGGAGAGGUCAUCCAUCGACCACCAGGGCAGGAGAACAAGGCGAUGGCCACUGGAGCAAUUGAAGUCAGUGUUCGGAGCCUUGAGGUCUUAAAUGAAUGCAAACAGUUGCCAUUUGAAAUCAAAGACUGUGUAAAAAAGUCUGAAUCCCUGCGUAUGCAGUACCGCUACCUGGACCUUCGUUCUCCUCAAAUGCAGUCCAACCUUAGGCUCAGGUCUCAGCUAGUGAUGAAAAUGAGAGAGUAUCUUUGCAAUAUACAUGGAUUCAUUGACGUUGAAACCCCCACUUUAUUUAAAAGGACCCCUGGAGGUGCAAGGGAGUUUUUGGUGCCAUCUAGGGAACCUGGCCGAUUUUACUCUCUCCCGCAGAGUCCACAGCAGUUUAAACAGCUGCUAAUGGUGGCUGGCCUCGACAGGUAUUUCCAGGUGGCUCGCUGCUACAGAGAUGAGGGUUCCAAGCCAGACAGACAGCCUGAAUUUACACAGGUGGAUAUUGAGAUGUCCUUUGUGGAUCAGAUGGGGAUCCAGACUCUGGUAGAGGGUUUAAUCCAGCACUGCUGGCCUGAGAAGAUGGGCCCUGUCUCCCUGCCCUUCCCCUCCCUCACUUACGCUGAGGCAAUGAGAGAGUACGGUGUGGAUAAACCUGACACCCGAUUCGGAAUGAAGCUUGUGGAUGUCACUGAAGCACUGUACGGCACAGAGGUGGGGUUCCUGAGGGACGCUGUCACUCACCCUGAGGGGUGUGUCCAGGCUAUCUGUGUGCCUGGUGGAGCAAAACAUUUGCAGAACAAGGAUUUGGAAUUCAUUAGACAAACAGCCAAGACUCACUUCAACCAGGAACUGAGCUUGGUUGUGCUGAAGGCUGACGGCUCAUGGAAAUCUCCCCUAAGCAAACACUUGCCUGACUCUGUGAAGCAGCAGCUGCUUCAGAAGACACAUGCUGAAGCUGGUGACCUGCUGCUUCUGGCUGCUGGUGCAGCAGAGAGAGUGCGCCCCCUCCUGGGGAAAGUGAGGCUGCAGUGCGCAGAGCUGCUGGAGGCCCAGGGAGUAGCCGUGCGAGACCCUUCGGCCUUCCACUUCCUGUGGGUGGUGGACUUCCCCCUGUUCCUUCCCCGAGAGGAGGACCCAGAGCAACUGGAGUCUGCCCACCACCCCUUCACCGCACCCCACCCUGACGAUACACACCUCCUGUACUCUCAGCCAGACAAGGUCCGCAGCCAGCAUUAUGACCUGGUUUUGAACGGAAGCGAGAUCGGAGGGGGAUCGAUCCGUAUUCACAGGGCCUCCAUGCAGCAGUAUGUCCUGGAAAAUGUCCUGAAGGAGGAUGCCUCCCUGCUCUCUCACCUCAUGGAGGCGCUCGACUCCGGGGCCCCUCCGCACGGAGGGAUCGCAUUAGGAUUGGACCGUCUGGUGGCCAUUAUGGUCGGCGCUCCCAGCAUUAGGGACGUGAUCGCGUUCCCCAAAUCCUUCCGGGGUCACGACCUUAUGAGUGGGGCCCCGGACUUUGCCUCCGAGGCGGAGCUGAGGCCCUACCACAUUAGCGUGAACUUACCUGCAGAGGAUCGUGGAGUCCGCGGUAACUAGCCGCCCAGACCUUAUGGAUGUUGUGUAGUCCUAAUGAAUGCCAGUUGGAAAAUACUUUUGUAUUAUGUGAUGCUAUUUAAUAUGAUUUCAAUUAAAUCCUAUCAUAUUGGUUUUA